AUCCUAGUUUUGGAAGGAACCGCAAAAACGAACGUGGCAGUUGGCAUCCUAGUAGUAUUGUAUUGUUAUCUGAAAUGACAACUGUUCCUGCUCGUUUCUGAUAUCUCUCCCCAAACCCCAGAACCAGAAACCUCAACUUCUCAGUUUUAGAAUCCAAUGUGCUGUCACUGCCUUCAUUCUCUCUUUCUCCAAAACACUAUCUUUGUCUCCGUCCCUGCAUGUGUUCCGAGUUUUGUGAUGGUUCUUCCGAGGUGGAGUUAAGAUUGAACAUUGGAGGUUUGGAUAUCCGAAGCUCCAGAGACAUAUCGAUUGAUACAAAUGAUACCUCUUUAGCUAUCAGAGUGUUGCUGCCAGGAUCUCCCAUCACACUCAUAGAAACUAAUCCUCUUUUUGAUAGGGUCAAAUCCUCUGAAACAAUAUGGUAUAUAGAUGAUGAUCAACUUGUUGUGAACUUCAAGAAACAGGACCCGGAUUUUAAAUGGCCCGAUAUCAUGGAGUCCUGGGAAUCACUUACCGCAGGAUCUUCACAACUUCUGCAAGGGACACCCAUCUAUCUUGUUGGUGAUUCGACUGAAAUCAACCAAAAAGUGGCUCAAGAGCUAGCAACUGGUCUCGGGUACACUCCGUUAAGCACGAAAGAGUUACUGGAAUUAUAUACUAAGCAGACUGUGGAUUCAUGGCUGCUCGCUGAAGGCUCUGACUCAGUAGCAGAAGCAGAAAGUGCGGUACUUGAAAGCAUAAGUAGUCAUGCUAGGGCAGUAGUUGCAACAUUAGGAGGGCAACACGGUGCUGCUGGAAGAGCUGAUAAAUGGCAACAUCUUUAUGCAGGAUUGACUGUCUGGUUGUCAAAGACUGAAGAACUAGAUGAAGAUUCUGCACCGCAGGAGACCUAUAAAAACAUCAAAGAUGGCAUAAUUUCAUACACAAAUGCAGAUGUAGUUGUUAAGCUACCCGGCUGGGAUCCUGCUUAUGCCAAAAAUGUAGCACAAGCAUGUUUAAGUGCCCUAAAACAGUUAAUCCAGUCAGACAAGAAACUUCCAGGUAAAAAAAGCCUAUACAUAAGAUUGGGAUGUCGCGGGGAUUGGCCAAACAUCAAACCCCCUGGUUGGGAUCCAUCAAGUGAAGAUAACACAACUCUUGGACACAGUAAUGAUGCUUGAAAUUAGUGAGUAACAUGUAAUUUGUUUAUACAAGUUUUUCUACCACAAAUGUCAUAUAAGAGACAGCUUCAUUGGUACAUGUUAUGCUUCUAGUCAGCAAAACCAAAAGCUCUGUAGUUUGAUAACUAUGUGAUGGAUGUUGUAACAUAGUAUUCACAAAACUGGUCAUACAACUUUUUGAACUGAUGUGGACUGGUUCGAUUAAAGGAAUGGGGGAAAAAAGUAGCCAAAUUAUAAUUGGCUGAUGGGUAGACAGAUUUUCUUUUCUUGUUGGUAGAGACAAGGAGUUGGUGGCUGAUAUAGAAUGUGAUUCGGCGUUCAAUCUAUAAUGACGACAAAAUUCAACC